AGCGGAGAGGGGGGUGUGGCUGGGUCCUAGCACCGACCCACCCACCAGCGCGAGAGCGUCGUCCGGUCACAUGAUGCCGGCGCCUUUCCCUGUUCCCGACCCACCCUUGCCGUAUGAAUCCACAGCAUCUCUUCCUUUCUUUUCCUUUCCUGAACCUGUAAGAGAGUGUGCCCUGAGGUGGGUGAGAGAGAGAGAAAUGGGCCUUUUCUCACAGAUUUUUCCUACAAACCUUCUGUCCUGUUUCAAGACCACCAAGAGAAGCAACUGCCACCAACGUAGGUAAAGAAUGAACUGGAGCUGAAUAAAUUAGACCAGAUUAAUUUCUGACAGCAUACUGAUCCUACAGAAACAGCCGUUAUCUCCUACACGAGUGCAAGAAACACGCACAACAGUUCAAAGAUGGCAUUAGCAAGUGGACAUUGGAUUAGAAAAGAAGUAAUUGGAGACUCCCCAAGUCCUAGGCAUGGACAUGCACUGACAAUGGCAGGCAACAUAGCAUUUGUAUUUGGAGGCUGUUCCAUUUAUAAUACCUUUGAUGAUCAGCGAACAUAUUUCAAUGACUUCUACAUGUUGACAAUUACUCUUACUGAUUUGACUUGGGAAAGGAUACCUCAUGAUGGACAUAUUCCUUGUGCCAGAGAAGGUCAUACUCUUUGUGUAGUAAGAGGGAAGAUAUAUUUAUUUGGAGGGUGUUCAACCCCGGAUGCUAAAGAAUGUCUUCCAGGAGUCUACAGCUUUGACCUUAGUUCUUUAACAUGGCAGAAGGUAAAAACCAAUGGCAUUGCACCUCAGACUCUCAGACACAGUUCAGCAGUAAUAGGGGAAAAUAUCUAUGUCUAUGGUGGAGUUCAUUAUGGAAAAGCUGUUGAUGACCUGUAUAUGUUCAGUACUGUAUCUCUCAGCUGGACCCCAGUCAAAACCACUGGUUCAGCACCUGGUGCCAGGUCAGGCCAUGCUUUUGCAACAGUUGGACAAGUAAUAUACAUGUUUGGCGGUUGUUCGGGUGAAAAUAUUUACUGCACUGAUGUGCACGCAUUGGAUACAGCUUUGUUAACCUGGCAUCAUUGUGGAGUCAAGGGAGAGAUACCCAGUGGAAGGACACAUCACACAUUUACAGCACACCAUGACAAGGAUAUCUAUUUGUUUGGAGGAAUAUAUGAGUCUAAAGACGGUAAUAAAACACCAAAGAAUGAUGUAAUGAAAUUAAGCCUAGCAAAGAUGAAAUGGAAGAUGCCACUUUAUGUAGGGAUCCCCCCCGCUUGCAGACACAACCAUGUAGCAUUUAUUCUUCAUAGCCAUCUCUACAUCUUUGGUGGCAUGAAUGAGGAAGAAGAACUCAAUGAUAUAAUGGGGAUGAAAUUGAUAAACCCAUCAGACAGACAGCCUAUAAUGAAGGCGAUUCUCUCAGAAUUUGGAAUCCAGGGAGUAAGCAGCAGGUUUACUCCCACCAAAAUACCCAAAGUGAAAUAUGAAUUAAUGGCAUCACCUUUUCCUGCCAGAAUGGAGUCCCCACCUGCAAUCCCAGCAGCUCAACUCAGAGAUUUCAUUUCUGUACGUAACCAAGCAAUGGACAUGAUCACAAGGGCCUUUGCCUCGCUGGACUUGGAGUUUCAAAAGUUAGACACUGAGAAAGCUGAAUUAGUUCAGGCCACAAUUGCUUUUCAACAAGAAAAGGAGGCUUACAACAAACAAUUCAGAUAUCAACAGCAGGAGCUGCAGGAGAUGCUAGAUAAGCACAAGGCCCAAAAUGAAGCCUGGCUCAAAGCCAGAGCAGAGGAAAAUGACAAGGAAAGGAAAGAAAUAUGUAAACUGAGGGAAGAGACUCUUCAUGACCAGGAGAGGCUAAAAGAAGAACAGCAAAAUGUUCAACAGCGCAAUCAGCAGCUGCUUUCUAUUAUGCAACAGUUUAAAGGAAUGUGACCAGUCUGCUGAAUAAAGCCUGAACCACAUGAUCAGGAUCAUAGCAACAAUACAACCCUACUUGAACAACUGAGCUCUUAUAUACUAAUGUAAAAAAGAUCCAGUUACUGUGCAUGUUGAAGGACCAUAUUCAGUUAUUGUGAAAAAGAGUUUAAUCUCCUUAGGUUCUCUCAUGAGCAUUGGAAUGAUAUCUCAAUUAAAUUUCCACCCACUACCUUUCAUGCAUUUUCCAUUUUGAUUCAAUGUUUUUUUUUCCAGAUUUUUGAAGAAUUAUCUCCUUGCCUUGUCUGAGCUUAAAAAAGAGGAAAAGGCAGAACACUAUGGCUGCCCCUGUGAAAGCUGGACCCACGGAGUUUUAUUUCAGGGUCAUGCGGUUAAGAUUAGGAUGUCAUUCAUAUACCAGCAAAAAGAUAAGUGCAGUUGUGAAGUAGGACAUUCUUGUUACAAAAUAUUUAAUUUUUUUUUUUUAACAGUGGGAAAGAAGACAGAAACCAUAGCUAGGAUAAUAUGAUUGGAUUUUAUGGCCAGAUUCUGCUUACAGUUAAACUGGUGUAUCUGCAGAAGAAGUCUAUUGACGACAAUAGAGUUGCAUUGAAUUCAUACAGUGGGAAACUAAGAACAGAAUUUUGAAACUGAGCUUUGCAUUGGAGGGACCAAGUAUGGACCAUGUUUAAACAGCUUACAGGAAUAAGGCAAAAAAUCAUGUUUGUUGGGUAUGGAGGA